ACAUGCUUAACGCCUGAAAAGCAGUAGUUCACACAGGAAAUAAGUGUGCAGGAGUAGUUCAGCCACACCCCAACCCUGCGACACCACAAUCUGGUAAUAAAGCAACCCGCUAGAGAAUCAGGGAGCAAAUAGCUAUCUCAACAGAGACAUACCUUGCUUACCCAUUUACACCAUGGCAUCCACCUUCCUCGCAACAAUAAGCCUGCUCAUCACUCAAAUGGUGUCCGCUUCUAGCACCACCACUGCCGCCAUACCUUCCCCGCAGACAAUCAGCAGCGACAUCGCCAACACGGUGCAGGAGAUGCAGCAGGCGCGCUACUUCACCUUUGUCAUGCUCGUCAGGAUGGUGCAGGAGAAGAUACCGCACAACACCACCUUCCUGAUGCUCAGCGACAGGCUGAUGUCCACGGCAUCAAUCUCCCAAAGCCAGGUGCUAGAGUUCUUGUCCAGGCAUUCCAUCGCGGCGCCUCUGAAGUUCAAUGAUCUCAUAAGGCUUCCCAACGGAACAGUAGUUCCCACCCGCCACUCGGGCGACACAAUCACAGUGACCAGCAGCAGGCAUCAGAAGCUCUACUUCAACGGCAUCGAGCUCACUAGUCCAGAUCUCUGCCACUCAGGGGAGUCAUUCAGGUGCCAUGGAAUAAAUGGAGUCAUAAGGCCAACAGCAGCGCGGAGAGUAAAAGCAGUGGCUUGCACUCACUAUGCUGCUCCAACUUCUGCAGCACCAGAGAUACCUUCGGCCGAAAACCAAUCCUUGAGCACAUCUUCUCUACGAUCUCCCAACAUAGGUUCUGCCACGAUCCCUGCCCAUGAACCUGCAGCAGAAAGCUCCCAAUGUUCAGACACUUCUAUGUCAAAAACUAGAUUGGCUAGUACUAUCUUGGUGACAGCAUUGAUGUUUUCCAUUUUCUAAAUCUGGAUCCAUAGCCAGAUUCUUGUUCAAUGAACGAUCUUCAUUCAAGGGAAAUUAGUGCACGGAAAUAGGCUUUUGUCUUUGUUAUGAUCAAGCAUUAUAUCAAUCAUUAUACAUCUUCCAGAAGUCUGAUAACUUCAUAUCAAGCAUCAUAUCAGCAAUAACUUACAAAUAACAAAAAUAAUAAGAAUAUGAAUUACUACCUGUACAGCAGAGACAUGUUAAUGAGCUGUGCUUGCCUCAUCUAGUAGGAGAGACUUUGAUAGUAUGUACUCUAGAAACAUUUCUGUAAACAAAUUAAAACAAGAUCAUAAAAGUACAAGUACCAGGAGCCAACACAAAUUUAUUGGAAUCAGGGGGCAACUUUUAGCAAUCCAGAAAAACAAGUUUAAUAAACCAUUCUGCUGCACAAUCCAGAGGAAGAUGGAUAAGAAA